AUGGCCCAUCACCAUGUCGGUCAGCGGUUCACCCAGGUCUCAGAAAGCGAUGGCAGCCUGCUGUGCCUGGAGAGGGAGGCACGCUUCCUCUAUGGCCACGAGGUGCCGGCAACGCGUGCGCCGCGCAUUUCGAUGACCUGGCGGUGGCUCCAUCCAAGGUAUCAGGAAGAGGUGGAUGAAGUGCGUGCGUGGAUGGAGAAUGGAUAA